CUUGGGAGGACUUCAGGAGGUACCAGUCGGACAAGAAGCUCAACGGCAUGCCAUGUUAUGUGUACAGCAGGAAAAAGAGGUGUUUUCUUGGAGAAGCGUUGGAAGGAUGUGAGAGUGGGGGACUUUGUAAAGGUUCAGUCCAAUAACAUCAUCCCUGCGGACCUCCUGCUCCUGUACACGUCAGACCCAAACAGCGUGUGCCACAUUGAGACCGCCAACCUGGAUGGAGAGACCAACCUGAAGCAGAGGAGAGCUGUGCCUGGAGUCUGCAUCACAGAUCCUGAAUUUGAACCCGAAUCCUUUACUGGCAUCGUAGUCUGUGAAAAACCCAACAACAAUCUUAACCAUUUCAAAUGCUAUGUAGAGAAGUUGGAUAAGGAAAAAGUUGGAGCUGGAAUCACAAAUCUACUGCUGAGAGGGUGCACAGUGAGGAACACAGACUAUGCCAUUGGCUUUGUGGUGUAUGCAGGCCAUGAAACCAAGUCGAUGCUCAACAACAAUGGCCCAAGAUACAAGCGCAGCAGACUGGAGCGGAGACUGAACGUAGAUGUGAUUUUCUGCAUCAUCCUUCUCUUUUUUAUGUGCAUUAUUGGAUCACUAGGACAUUAUUUAUGGUUGGAGUCGAUGCCCAGCGUUCCCCUUUACCUCGUCCCACAGGGCGAUGGUCACCUGGACACCCCCAGUCUGGCCAGUUUCUACAAGUUCUUCAGCAUGAUCAUAUUGCUACAGGUUUUGAUUCCCAUUUCACUGUAUGUGUCCAUUGAGCUGGUGAAGAUUGGUCAGAUUUUUUUCAUCACAAACGACCUUGAUUUGUACGAUGAAGAAACAGACUCUACAAUACAGUGCAAGGCCUUGAACAUCACAGAAGACCUGGGACAGAUCCAGUAUGUCUUCUCCGACAAGACGGGCACGCUCACUGAAAACAAAAUGGUGUUUCGCCGAUGCUCUAUUAUGGGAACAGAGUAUCCACACAAGGAGAAUGCUAUCCGUUUAUCUGUUGCUAACAAGAUAGAUGAGGAUGAAAAUAUUCUCUUCAGCCAGACCCCUCCAUCCACUAAACAGCUCUGGUCUCUAGAUUCUGAGGACUCCAAUGCUGAAGAAAAGAAAAGUGAGACAAAGAGUAAAAGAAAAGGCACCGCCCACAGUAAUGCCGCCUUCAGCAGUCCACUGGAAACUGAGGUCAUCCCAGACCAGAAGCUCCUCCGGCAGAUCAGGGGGACAGAAAGGAUAGAUGCCUACCUGGACUUUUUUCUGGCUCUCGCCAUUUGCAACACUGUGGUGGUUUCCAUGGCAACAGGGAAGAGACCGAGGACCCCUGCAUUUCAGAGAAGUCAAUCCAACCCAUUAGACACUAUCUCCAGUUUUAUGAAAAAGGCUGGUUCAGUCCGGGAGACUCUGAGUUCAUGGACUCGUCCAAGGGGCCUUUCCACUUCUGAGACCUCAGACAUAGGCCUGACUGUACAGGGGCCGUCUGGAGAACCCGCUGGGGCACAGACAUGUUCCCCCCAUGUUCCACCACAGGACACUACCCCAGACAAGCUCAGCUAUGAGGCAGAGAGUCCAGAUGAGGCUGCCUUAGUGCACGCAGCUAAGGCAUAUGGCUUCAUCCUGCUGUCCCGGACCCCUGACAGUGUCACUGUGCAGCUCCCAUCUGGAGCACAGCUUAGGUUUGAGGUGCUGGACACUUUGACUUUUGACUCCAACAGGAAGAGAAUGUCUGUGUUGGUGAGGCACCCUAUCUCCAAGCAGUGCAUCCUAUAUACUAAAGGUGCAGACUAUGCAAUUAUGGAGCUUCUUGGGACUCCUUAUGGUGAAAAGGCUAUAGCAUCAGAUACUCAACAGCAUCUAGACUGCUAUGCUAAAGAGGGCCUUCGCACACUCUGCAUCACCAAAAAGGUGCUGAGUGACAGUGAGUAUGAGAGCUGGGCUGUGAUGAGACAACAAGCUUUGGCUGCUAUGGACAACAGAGAGCAGCUCAUCAUGGACUCUGCUGUGCAGAUAGAGACCGACCUCUGCCUGCUGGGGGCGACAGGCGUGGAGGACCGUCUGCAGGACAGCGUCCCAGACACUAUCAUAGCUCUGCGGGAGGCGGGCAUCCAAGUGUGGGUGCUGACGGGAGACAAGCCCGAGACAGCUGUCAACAUCGGCUAUGCCUGCAGGCUGCUGGAGCAGGAGGACCUGGUCAUUAACAUGAGCUGCAAAAACAAGGUCACUUGCACAUCCAUUCUGAACUGUACUUUGGAGGAGGUGAGGAGAUACAGUGAUGAUCCUCGUAAUGUUGACACCACCCCAGACAUUUCCCUGGUGAUCGACGGACGUACUUUGACCAUGGCGAUGUCUCCGGACCUACGGGACCACUUCAUUGAACUGGCCAAACGCUGCCGCACGGUGUUGUGUUGUAGAGUCACACCGCUGCAGAAGAGUCAAGUGGUGAAGCUGAUUAGAGAGAAACUCAAGGUCAUGACGCUUGCAGUGGGUGAUGGUGCCAAUGACGUCAACAUGAUUCAAGCAGCGGACAUUGGUGUGGGAAUAUCUGGUCAGGAAGGGAUGCAGGCGGUCAUGGCAAGUGACUUUGCUAUUUCUCGCUUCAAGCACUUAAAAAAACUUCUCCUGGUUCAUGGACACUGGUGCUACAGUCGACUAGCGAACAUGAUCAUUUAUUUCUUCUACAAAAAUGCGGCCAAUGUCAACUUGCUCUUUUGGUACCAGUUCUAUUGUGGCUUCACUGCUAAUGCAAUGAUUGACCACUGGCUUAUGAUUUUCUUCAACCUUAUCUUCACCUCGGCCCCACCUGUAAUGUUUGGUAUCAUGGACAGGGAUGCGUCCGCAGAGAUGCUGCUUGGUCUCCCUGAACUGUACAGGACGGGGCAGGGUAAAGGGGAAUACAACUUCUUAACAUUUUGGAUUUCAAUGCUUGAUGCCUUUUAUCAAAGUCUAGUGGCUUUCUUCAUUCCAUAUUAUACUUACAGAGGUUCUGACAUAGACAUUUAUGCCUUUGGAACUCCCUUGAACACAAUUUCUUUAUUUACCAUCUUACUUCACCUGUCAAUCGAGAUCAAAGCAUGGACCUUUGUGCAUGCAGUCAUCAUUCUGGGAAGUGUGUUGUUGUAUUUCAUUGUGACACUGGCUUAUGGCAUUAUGUAUUUAAACUACAGCGGAUAUUGGAAUCUCCAGGCCCAAAUGGCUGACCCCAUGUUUUACCUGGUUUGUUUCAUCUCUACUGUUGUGGCGCUGCUGCCCAGGUACCUGUUUCACGUGCUGAAGAACUCUAUCGCCCCCUCCCCGAUUGUUCAAGCCCGGCAUUUGGACACACUGGAGCCCUCCACACGGGACCAAUGGAUUAGGGAGUGGAGGAGCUUCAGGGGAGGGGUGCAGGACAAAACCUUGGAUGUGUCUAUCCCACCCUCUCCCUCACUGGAGAGCCUUGAUGAUGACUCUAUUAUGGACGAUGAGUUCACACUCAACGUGAUCACAGAGAACCCCCACCGACCAGUGAGAGUAUGA